UUUUAAUGGUGCCCGCGAUGGCGGAAGCUGCUGCUAUAGCUGCCGAAUCUCUUGCUGGCGGCAGGGCGCGGGCGGCGCGUACAGUGCUAGAUCAGGUGGUGCUCCCAGGUGAGGAGCUGCUGCUGCCGGAGCAGGAGGAUGCAGAAGGCCCUGGCGGUGCAGGGGAGCGACCGUUGCGCUUGAAUCCUGGAGCGCGUUCGCGGGUGCGCGUAGUGUGCGGCCCGGGCUUGCGGCGCUGUGGGGACCGCCUGCUGGUUACGAAGUGUGGCCGCCUGCGUCACAAGGAGGCAGGCUGCGGCGGUGGCGUUUACUGGGUGGACUCGCAACAGAAGCGGUAUGUCCCAGUGAAAGGAGACCAUGUGAUUGGCAUAGUGACAGCGAAAUCUGGAGAUAUAUUCAAAGUUGAUGUUGGAGGGAGUGAGCCAGCUUCUUUGUCUUACUUGGCAUUUGAAGGUGCAACUAAAAGAAACAGACCAAAUGUACAGGUUGGAGAUCUCAUCUAUGGCCAAUUUGUCGUUGCAAAUAAAGACAUGGAACCAGAGAUGGUCUGUAUUGACAGCUGUGGACGGGCUAACGGAAUGGGUGUGAUUGGACAAGAUGGUCUGCUUUUUAAAGUGACUUUGGGCUUAAUUAGAAAGCUUCUAGCUCCAGGCUGUGAAAUCAUACAGGAAGUGGGAAAACUCUAUCCACUGGAGAUAGUAUUUGGAAUGAAUGGAAGAAUAUGGGUUAAAGCAAAAACCAUUCAGCAGACCCUAAUUUUAGCAAAUAUUUUGGAAGCUUGUGAACAUAUGACAGCAGAUCAAAGAAAACAAAUCUUCUCUAGACUGGCAGAAAGUUGACAUUUUUUAAUGGAUCAGUUGAGCCAAGAACUAUAGUUUUCCUUGGGAAGACUUUUUUCAGGUGACCCUCUCCACAUCAGAUCUUCAGAAAUCAAGAUGUGAAUGUACAUAUUUGCUUGUUACAGUUCUAAAAUAAAAUAUUUUUACAAGAAAUUAUAGGAGUUUCUUGUGGGUGAAAAAGUCACUAUAAAAUAAUGAUAUUUUUGUUUUUUACAAUAAAGUUUAUUAAAGUUA